AUGCCCGCUGCAUCUUUCGGCGUGUUUUCACGUGGUCUUUGUUUCGAGGUUCUCCUGGCCCAUCGCCACCUGCUCUGCCUGGCUGCCUCUCUGGGUGCUGCUGCCUUUGCACGCUCCCACCUACGGAGCAGGCAAGCUCGAGCAGGCCGCUCGCGACGGCGGAAUGUUGUCCUUCGACGGAAUCAGCUCGAGGAAUCCGGCAUUGAGGAAUCUGGCGAUGCGCUGAUACCUGCCAUGCCCAUCGGGCGACUGGUGAGCAAAGGCAGUACCACAGGACUCGAGUAUGAUCCCUUCGAUGCGCCUGAGUUCAUCGAGGACGAGCAUGGUGGAGGCAUCUUCAGCUGGAUGCCCGUCACAGCAGAAGGCGGCUUAAUGCCAGAAGGUGAAUACGACGAGCAGUCCUUCGAGGUUCCUGCAGAUCGCCUUGACUAUUUACAGGGAGGUGGAUGGCUCCAGGCAGGCGAGAGCGAGGACUAUCGUGCCUACAUCGUGGGCGAAGUGUCUGAAGUGCAUGGACGUAAAUGGCAGCGCGUUGUCUUGAAGGGCCGGAAGGACUCGGUACGCGAGGGUGGCCUGCGGCUGAUGGCGUCACAGCUGCAAGUGAUCACGGCAGAAACAGCCUAA